GACGAAAAGGCUCCCGCCAUCACGCCCAUGGUCGUCCCACCGCCCGCUCCCCGCAACCCGAUCCCUGCCCGGGCGCUCCCCAUCCCGGGCCAGGUUGCCGGCCAGCCUCGGCCGAAGGUCGAGCACCGGGAGUAUGCCGCCCCCGUCACCCCGUCCUCGCUGCAGAGCCCUACCUCUUCCGCCGACAAGGGCAAGGGCAAGGCCACGGCCGUCGCUCCCCAAGCCCAAGCUAGCGGCAUCCAUCAUCCCGCUGCUCCGGUCAUCGUCUCCUCCGACUCUGCCCAGUCCCCCAAGAAGCGGACUCCUCUGCCCAACAUUGGCAGUCUCGCGCUCGGGCAGCAAGCCACGGCCGACGCGUCGCCCGCCUCUGCUGCCGGCCCCAGCACCCCUCGCACUACCGGCAUUCCUCGUAGCCAGCCACUCCCCGCUUCCGGCAGGCUCGAGUCUGGGGACCCUCCGCCGCCCGAGCCGACCGACCCAACCGACCCGAUCGACGAGACGUACGAGGACGAAGGCCCCAUCUACCUAGCAGAGGGGGUCGACCCCUUUGACGCGCUCAUCCCCGCGCACGCCACCCCGGCCGUCAGCGCGGCCGACCUUCACCGCCACCGGCAGGAGUACGACCGGGUCGCGUACGCCAAACGCGAGGAGCUCGGCCGCACGUUCGCGUUCAUGAAGGAACCGGCCUUCGCCAAGCGCAGAAAAGAGUCCUUCAUCUACGCCGUCCGCGUGGUCGCCAUCCCCGACAGCGGCAGGGUGGUCAACGAGUUCACGGGCCCGCGCGUCGAGGACCGCUACGGCACGCACGUCGCGCAGGGCGGCUGGGUGGUCCCGCCGCUCGAGGAGCGCGUCAGGUGGCGCGAGGAGCGCAAGCGGGCGUACCGCAACAAGGGCGCCAAGCCGGGCAGGUACGAGGGCCUCCCCUAUCCGCAGGUGCAGCGGGCGAUGCCCGUCAGGUUCGACUGGUCCGGCGGCACGGAGCCGCGCUACUACGGCCCGGCGGCCCCGAUCUGGCGCGAGACGUGCGACCCGUGCCUGGAGGAUGUCUACUGGAUGGUCUGGCAGCUGCUGGCCGGGAAGCAGUUCCUCGGCUUCCAGCCCGGCACCGGCUUCGGAAAGGCCCGCCCCCACGCCACCGGCGACGUCGCCCUCCUGAACCAGAACCCGUUCAAGAGCCCGUCGACCGAGGCUCUGUACCACUCGGCCUCUUAUCCGCGUGGCAAGGAGCAUAAGUAAGC